CGUAGCUUCUAAACCAAACGUCCACAGAGCCACUGCUCCCCGUAGUUACGGCAGAGGAAGGAGAAGACUUCAGCAAUCCAGUAGCCAGGAAAAGAUAUCACCUCUCGUACCAAACACGCGCCAUUCAUGCUCGGCCUUCAUCGUCUCCUCUUCAGCUGACGGUAGCCGCCCGGCGCCCAGGACUUCCGACGCCGCCGUCUAAGCUUCCUCCCCGGUACUUCUGCGCUGCGUUCGACUUUCCUUCGCUUCAAUUGGUUUCACCGGCGGGGCCAGGUGAGCUGCAGUCCGCGGGAUUUUAGUGGAUUAGUUGAUUUGGUGAUAGGGCGAAAAGCAAAAAUGAUGGGAUCGGAGAAUGAAGCAGAAUCUCAAGUCUUCGCCUCUAGAGAAGAGAUGGAAAACCUUGUGCUCGAUGAACCUUCCGAUAAUACCAACGGCAAUGGAGGCAGCAAAUCUUUCUCCGAUUACCGCAGCGUCAUGUCGUCCCUCGCCGACGCGCAUCACCCUUUCUCCCCGCCAUUGACUCCCGCAGAUUCGGAUCCUUUGCUUGCUCCUCAACCAUACCGGGAUCUCCGAAACCCUAGCCUCUCUCACGAUAAUAACAAUUCCUACAUUGAACCGCCUGCCUACGCCGAUGUGAUCUUCAGUCCGUUCGACGAGAAUACGGGCAGCGAAAUCAACGGCAUCGAUAGCCCCGGUCGAUCUUCCGAUUCCUCACUUUCUCUCUCGAGAUCCCCGUCCUCCAGCUCUGAUUACAUCAAGAUCACCGUCUCCAAUCCACAGAAGGAGCAGGAAAGUUCGAAUUCGCUAGUCCCGGGAGCUAGCACCUAUGUCACGUAUCUAAUAACGACGAGAACCAACAUCCCCGAGUUCAACGGAUCCGAAUUCGGCGUGCGGCGGCGAUUCAAGGACGUGGUCACCUUAUCCGAUCGUCUAGCAGAGGCUUAUCGAGGGUUCUUCAUCCCGCCUAGGCCAGACAAGAGCGUUGUGGAGAGCCAGGUGAUGCAGAAGCAGGAGUUUGUAGAGCAGAGAAGAGUUGCUUUGGAGAAGUAUUUGAGAAGGCUGGCUGCGCAUCCCAUCAUAAGGAACAGCGAUGAAUUGAAGGUGUUCUUGCAAGUGCAAGGGAAGCUGCCGUUGGCUACAAGCACCGAUGUGGCAUCCAGGAUGCUCGACGGCGCAGUGAAUCUACCGAAGCAGUUGUUCGGAGAAGGUUCGACGGUAGCCCCUCAGGAUGUGGUCCAGCCAGCGAAAGGAGGGAGAGACUUGUUGAGGCUGUUUAAAGAGCUGAAGCAGUCUGUUUCUAAUGAUUGGGGUGGAUCAAGACCACCUGUAGUGGAGGAAGAUAAAGAGUUCUUAGAGAAGAAGGAGAAGAUGAACGUUUUUGAGCUGCAACUCAGCAAUGCUUCUCAGCAGGCGGAGUCGCUGGUGAAAGCACAGCAAGAUAUGGGGGAGACAAUGGGAGAAUUAGGGUUAGCAUUUAUUAAAUUAACGAAAUUUGAGAAUGAGGAAGCUAAGUUUGAAUCACAAAGAGUAAGGGCAGGUGACAUGAAGAACGUAGCUACAGCUGCUGUCAAAGCAAGCAGAUUCUACAGGGAACUGAAUGCUCAAACGGUUAAACAUUUGGAUACCCUCCACGAGUAUCUUGGGUUGAUGCUAUCAGUUCAUGGUGCAUUUGCCGAUCGCUCUAGUGCUUUGCUGACGGUGCAAACUCUUAUAUCAGAAUUGUCGGCUCUGCAUACAAGGGCCGAGAAACUUGAAGCUGCUUCAUCAAAGAUAUUUGGUGGUGAUAAGUCGAGGAUUCGCAGGAUGGAGGAGUUGAAAGAAACUAUUAGAGCCACUGAAAAUGCUAAAAGUGUUGCGAUUAGAGAAUAUGAGCGGAUUAAGGAAAAUAACAGGACCGAACUGGAAAGGAUGGAGACGGAAAAACAUGCCGAUUUCUCCAACAUGUUAAAGGGAUUUGUGCUUAACCAGGUUGGAUACGCGGAGAAGAUUGCCAACGUGUGGGCAAAGGUUGCGGAGGAGACUAGUGGAUAUGCAACCGACAGCGCUUAGAAUGUGUUAAUGGGGAGCUAGCUGUACAUUCGAAUUCUUCUGCUCUCGUCUUUUCUUCUUUCCCUUUUCUUUUUUAGCUUUUCUCAGUUUGAUCUUCUUUUUACGUGUUGUGUAAUUGCACGCAAAGUAGGAACUCAUGUAUCUACAAUUUGAUGAAACACAGAACAAAUAAACAAGGGUUAAUACCCUAGUAUGGCCCGAAGUUUGGCGUAAGUGACAGUUCUGGCCUCAUUUUUCAAAUAAGACAUUUAUGGCCUA